AUGCAGUUCCUCAAGCAUCAUGCAAGUGUUCACUACAAAGUUCAACUUCGUGGACAUGGACUUGUGGCACUGGAGUGGGAGGCUGGCGUGGAGACGGAAGAGCGUGUGCAAUGCCUCGUGGUUGCUGAAAAGAGUGUGUUGAACAAGACGCUGGAUCAACGACCGCAGCUGUUUACACUUCCACAAACAGUGGACGUUGAAGUGACGUUCGAAGAGCCUCAACGUCUGCCAAAUUCGGAUCAGCUGCGUUAUCUUUUGCCCAAAACGAUAGCCACUCGAGACUUGCACACGGGAACACCCUCGGAACAAAUGCUCACUCCAAGCCAGACGCGACCGAAACAGAAGCACAACCGCGGAAAACGUACGCUUGAUGAAGCUAAAGCAACAUCACCAGCGUACCGGUACUCGUCGUUGGCUGGCUUGGUAUCUGGGUACGCUGACAUUUACGGCGUCGUCGUAAACGUAACGCUUCCCAAGAAAAGUGGUGGGCGCGAUUUUGUCAUGACUGUGAGCGUGAUGGACGAGAGCUGUCCUACACGCGCUGAAGCUAUGCAGAUAAAUGUCUUCUGGCCAACAAUUGCUCAGAUGCCUAAAAUCAAGUAUGUCGGGGACAUCAUCCGUUUCCACAAGGUCAAAAUUCAAGAGUACCAAGGCCGUAAACAAGGUCUCAGUGUACCACGCGUAACACGGUAUCUUGUUCUUCGAGAGACGGCUGAUCAGACACUUGAGCAGCUGACUUGCUCGGAGACAUGGACUUUUGAGCCUUCUGACGAAGUUCGUACCCACCAGCUGAUCAAAUGGGCGAAGAAGAGUUUAGGCGAGGACACAACUUUGCCUCCAGGAUGCAAAGAGGCACCAAAGCUGCUGUCCGACCUAAAACAUGCGAAGGACUUUAUUGACCUGGUUGUGCGCGUGUUGCACCUGGAUGACACAACGGAGCCAAUUCGACUGAUUGUGUGGGACGGUUCAGGCGACGUGGCUGAAUCGGAUCCGACUCUCGUUCGUGCAUUGCGGGACAACGGCACUGCUGUGCCAGCCAACGGAACCUUGAAGGAAGUGAUUAUGUCGUCUUGCUGGUCUGUCCUGCGUGAUAUCGGAUUUGACGACGGAAUGCUCACGCACUGGUGUCGCUUCCGCAAUCUAGCAGUCGGAACCGAUGAACCCAUUCCCGGGGCUGCCACCACGAUAGGGAGAACGGAAGUGCUGCGGUUUCGAGAGGUGACGUCUCUUGUGCUGCUACCUGAGUUCGUGCCUGACAUCCAAUACCGCCUGUCAUUAGCAACUAAGCUCGACACAGGCGCAAAAGUUCGAGGUUGCCAAUCUCACAUGCUUGGCCCUGGCGAGCGACGACUCUCCAAUGAAAGCCAAAGCUUCGCCGUGGAUAGUCCUGUCGAUGUUACUACGGUGAUCCCUGACUACAUUCAGAAAAACGUUCCGACAACUUCAGUGCGUGAGAUCAUCCGCUCGCCACAAACCCCGCGGAAGUUUCAUUGCUGUGCUCGUGCUCGCGGCAUUUGGCCAUCCGACAUCGAAAAGAUCUGCAAACCCAACCCUGGCAAAGAUGGCGAGUUCAUUUAUUCGUUCGCUCUGACGAUCCAAGAAGGAGAUGAUUCCUUGAACGUAAUCGUGUACGGCGCAGACGCAGAACACUUCCUGCACGGCAUCCCCCCAUGUGAUCUCAACCAAAGCACCGCCUCCAAGACAUUGUUAACAAAGCGGCUGGCUGCGCUCUUGCAGGCCCCCCAGGCCUUCCACUGGUGCAUCAAGUCAUAUUCAGUAUCGUUGCCACCUGACACGAAACACUCUCUCGGCCCGACAACUGCAGUCCGAUAUCGCUUAUUCAACACAAUGCUUCAAUGCUUGUAA